CUUUCACUCUUGUUCGGGACCGGGUGGGUCAGUCCUCAGCCAGAGAGCCGAGCGAGUGGAGCGAGUGUGUGAGUGUGUGUGUGUCUGUCUGUAUACGCGCCGUUGUUACUACUACUGCCUGCUGCCGUCGCUGCUGCCGAAGCCUUUAGCCGCUCGGAAGAGAGAGAGAGAGACACACACAUGUGAACUUGCUGCCUCCUGUGCAGCGUCGUCCUCUCGAUGUUAUUAUCUCUCUCACACUCUCACUCGUAAGAUCACUCUUACUUUAUUAUACACUCCGUCGCUUUGCCGCCGUUGGGCCCAGCACUGCCGGCGUUGAUUUUCGUUGUUUUUCCUGAAGAAGAAGAAGAAAACAACUUGAUUAAGAGGAGAAAUUCAACUCGUUUUAACUUUGGAUUUUUUGAUGAUUCGCUCUCCAAGGGAGUAAAAUAUUUCUUCCUUUCUCAGUGAACAAGUGUGGAAUUAUAAUUAUUUUUUUUACGGAAUUAUAUCGUGGUGGAAUUGUAUCGCCCUACUACUGUGAGGAUACAUGGAUAUAGACACUGUACCUGUACGCAUUAGCAGAUGGAAACGGUGGUGAAUUUUGUGAGUGCUUACUACAAUGGAUCCUAACAACUAUCCGCGUAUGAUAAGUUUCUAGAUUAAGAUAAGGAAUUAUUUAUUUGCCUAGAUAGAUACAUAGAUAGAUAAGGAAAAAGUAGAUCGUAAUCUUGCGUUUGUUUUUGCUGUGGUUGUUGUGUCGUCUCGUCAAGGCGGUUACUAUUAUGCUCUCCGGUAUGGAGAUCCCGCUCUCAGUCCAGAACUUCAGCCUGUCCCCCCAGUUCGGGCAGUUGACGAUCUCCGCCGCCCCCAUCACAGUCGAUAUGAACGACGGGGGGCCGGUGGGCAUCGCCACCAGUGCCCUCUCCCCGACGUACACCCAAAUCACCACGGCGGGCGGCGCCGUGGUGAACAAUUGCACCGUGUCCACAAACGCCGUCACCAGUAACGUUACCACCAAUAACAAUAACAAUCUCUUGUCCCCGACACUAAUGGACUCUGGUUUGUUUCCCGGUGUAGCCACCACCAACCUGGACUACACCAGCCUGGCCGAACUGCCCGACACCAAGGAGGGCAUCGAGGAGCUGUGCCCCGUCUGCGGGGACAAGGUGUCCGGGUACCACUACGGCCUCCUUACAUGCGAGUCGUGUAAGGGCUUCUUCAAGAGAACGGUCCAAAACAAAAAGGUUUACACUUGUGUGGCGGACAGGUCUUGCCAGAUAGACAAGACUCAGAGGAAACGGUGUCCGUACUGCCGCUUUCAGAAGUGCCUCGAAGUUGGGAUGAAGCUUGAAGCUGUGCGUGCAGAUCGCAUGAGGGGCGGCCGGAACAAGUUCGGUCCCAUGUACAAAAGAGAUCGGGCACGCAAGCUCCAGCUCCUCCGUCAGCGCCAGCUGCAGCAGCACCCGUCGGGGAUUCUCUCCGGGGCGAGACAUCCCACCACCUCGGGCGUGGCCAUCAGCUACCCCUCCCCCUGCUACUCCAACGCCCCGACCACGCACGUCCACAUCAAGGAGGAGAUCCAGAGUCCCUUCCUCUCUUCGUCCACUUCGUCGCCCGAUUCGUCCCCGUCUCCCAUGGCUGGCCUGGGAGGCCUCGUGGCCGCCUCCAGCGGCGGCGCCGGCGCCGCGGGCGUCGUCGCCUCAGGGAACAUGGCGCCCAUCAUCGCCGGACCCGACCCGACGCUGUGGGUGACGAACGCCCAGUCGCCCCUGGGCGGAGUCACAACCGGUGGACUCACUACUGGAGGAGGUGUCGGCGGAGGAGGAGGAGGUGGAGGAGGAGGAGGCGGUGGAGGAGGAGGAGGAGGAGGUGGAGGAUGUCGAACCGUUGGAUCGACGGGAGGCCCUAGAAUUCCUAUCAUGCUGCGGGAAUUGGUGGACACGGUGGACGACCAGGAAUGGACGGGCUCCCUGUUCUCCCUCCUGCAGAACCAGACCUACAACCAGUGCGAGGUCGACCUCUUCGAACUCAUGUGCAAAGUCCUCGAUCAAAACCUCUUCGCACAAGUGGACUGGGCGCGCAAUUCCUGUUUCUUCAAAGACCUCAAGGUUGACGAUCAGAUGAAGCUAUUGCAGCAUUCCUGGUCAGAUCUACUAAUAUUGGACCACCUGCACCAACGUAUACACAACAGAUUGCAGGAUGAGACGACCUUACCCAACGGGCAGAAGUUCGACCUGUUGUCGCUUGCCCUGUUGGGCACUACGCAAUUCUCGGAUCGUUUCCAUGGCAUUCUCAACAAAUUGGUGGAUCUUAAAUUUGACAUAUCAGAUUAUAUAUGCCUGAAAUUUGUUAUCCUGCUUAAUCCAGAGGUCCGGUGUCUGAACGACCGCCGCUCUGUGGCACAAGCUCACGAACAAGUGCGCCAGGUGCUCUUGGAGUACACGGCUAAUAUGUAUCCUGAUGAAACGGAAAAGUAUCAAAAAAUGAUGGAUUUACUGCCAGAGCUUCACUACAUCGCUGACAACGGAGAAAAAUAUUUGUAUUACAAGCACAUCAACGGUGCAGCACCAACUCAGACCCUGCUGAUGGAGAUGUUGCACAAAAAGGAAAUAAAAAGGGAAGAGGCAACUCUUGGUUUUCAACCGUCCAGUGCGCCACGAAUUUUUAUAAAGGGUGGUCCUAUAAUUUAGGAGUAUCCUCAACAGGCAUAGCCCAAGGAGGAGGAUCUCUGCCAUGACCUGCAUGAAAAAAAAAAGAAGAAGAAGAAGAAGGAAUGGUGACCCCUCAAAGGACAUCACCACAGGAUUCUCAGUCUCUGUUCCACCGAGAAUAUUUUCUUUUUUUUCCAUUCUCCAAAUGUCAUUUCAUUCACGACGCUGCUAAACGCGGAAAGAACCUCUUCGUACCAACCAGCUAAAGCCAGCCCUGGGUCAGCCUCCCCCUCUCCCCCCUUCAAAAAAUAUUCAUGCAAAAUAGUGAUUUGUGAAAAUGAUAAGAAAGUGAAUCUGAAGGAAAAAUAUGUCUGUUAUAUAUAUUUGAGAUUGACGUCGCCCUAUCACAAUCUGUCGCAUCAUUGACCAGCAAUGCUGUAGUAACUCAAAAUUGCUGUAUAGUAACUGAGUAUGUAGCAAUCACCCCUGGGGGAACACCCACGACCCAACACCUAACUACGGUCACAAACAUCCGUCUGGUGAAGUGUGCUGUGCUAGUCAAUAAUGACCCUCCUGCGAGGCUGUGUAAGGUCAUGAUGUCCCAACUUGGAAACAUAAACUAUAAUCUAUGGUGCUAAGCCUUCCUAGGGAAACCAUGCGGUACAAAUGGCCAUCGGGAGAACUCUCGUCGUUCGAGAAGAAUAAUCGUGGCGAGUGCGAGUGCUUAGUGGUUCCUCGUCAAUUGUUACCAGAAGCACCAUGGUGCAGUCAGGACUAAUCUAUCCUAAGGAAGUUGAGGCUCCAAGUGUUGAUGAUAAGUCAUUGGUGCGCCGCUUUCACUAAACAAUAUUAUUAGUAAUAAUAUCCCCUACACAUCAUUAUCUUAUUUCCAGUGGCGCACCAUACCUCAUUUUUCACUUUUCUUACGGUGGCGGUCUCCUCACUCACUUUGGUACAAAGCUCUCACUUGUGAAUAAGUUUCACCACAUAUAUCUAUUUAUUUCUGAAGGUAAGAAUGAUUCUUUCCUGGGCGUCUGUCCAAUCAGCUAAUGGCCCAGUGAUAUAUAUACUAUGAAUGAUGAUGAUAAUGAUAUCUUCAUUGCAUAACACAUAUAGUGUAGGUGUUGUGAUCUAGUUUUUGAUACUGUUGUUUUGUACAAGAGAUUAUAAUAAUACAAGAAGUAAUGUAGCAAGAGUUAUUAUUAUUAUUAUUAUGUAUUGUUGCUUGAGCAACCAUCUCUACCCAGAUAUUGCUGCCACUUGUCCAUGAUAUGUGUUCCGAGCAAGGAGGGCAUGCUCCCUCCUUGUUUCUCUCUGUCACUAGAUAUAUAUAUAUAUAUAUACAUACGUAUGGUAUAUAUAUGUAUAUAUGCAGAAUAUAUAUACCGGUCAAUAAUUGUAGUUUGUUGAUUCCAAGCAGAAGCAUAAAAUUUUAGUGCCUCAACUAGGUCAACCUAGCAUGUACAAACACACACUUUCUAUCCGAGUUGUGGCACAGUAAUUAGCUCAUGAAGGAGGCAUAUGGAAAAUACCCAACCCCCCCCAAACACAGUAAGAAUUAUUUUCGUGUUUCAGAAGUUCAAGCUUUCGUGACAUCACACUUUUAUGAAUUUUUAAACUUGUUUCUCAUCUCGCGAAAAUUGGACCAUUCAGUCAAUUGAUUUCUGUAUUUGAGUUGGAGCCAGAUGUAUUAGGUUUUAAGAAAUUAUAAAUUUACCAGAGGGUUAUAAAAGAGAGUAGUUUAUGGCAACACAUUCAGUCUACUCAAGAUUUUUGUAGUUAUUUUCUGAUGUCAACUUUUGUCCUGUUAAGACAGAUAUUUCUGUGAUGUUAAUCCACUGUAGUACAAUCUUUGUAAGGCUUAUUAACUGCUUAGUUUAACCUCUGGAGGAAAUCUAAAGAACUUGGAAACAUGUAUAACUAUUUAAUUCAUAACCACAAAAAAUUUAUCAGCUGUGGAUUUGUGUUAUCCCGAAUUAUUAAAUGUCUGUUGCAAUAGAUUAAGAACAAACACAAAAUUGUAUUAUCAAGGAAAACGAAAAUGUUGUUUGGCUUUCAAAAUUAUAUUUUGCUGGAAGGAUUGUUCCUUUCCAGGUAGAGGCUCCAGAUCAGAUGCACCAAAUUAUGAAAGAGCAGUUUUUAUUUUUAAGUACUCAGAAUAUUUUAAAUCUUUGUAAGACUUUUUAAUUUGACUCAAGUACAUCCAUUACAAGGAAACUGUGCCUGUACCAUAUGCCUGCUAAUAGAGUACUACCAUUUUUUAGAUAAGGGAGAUUUUUUGAUGAAAUGUAAAUUUUUUUUUUUUCAUUUGUAAUUUUUCCGUUUCACACUUUUAACAGCUGAAUUUGGCAACUUGACUAUUUCCUCUGUAACGAACGUAGCAAUGAGAAGCAAUCUUUUUAAAUAUAUUUUUAUUUUCCUUUCUGUUUAGUUUUAAAGAAAAAAAGAACUUUUUUAGUAGUUAGUUUAAGCGUUGAAUUAAGAUUUGGAACAUUCCAAUUCGUGGGAUUCACGGGCAUUCUUCACUCUGGUUAUGUUACUCCCCGCAAAAAAAAACCCCACCCUCCUUCGGCCUGGCGGUCUUUUUGGCAUAAUCAUUGUAUUCGUCAUCACAGCAAUCAUCAUUAAGUUCAUCGUAUCGCAUCAUCACUUCGCUGCUGUUGUGCACAUUCCGCAAAAAAAAAAAACACAUUGUAAUUAAUAAUAAUGACUAUAAAAAGCAUUGCAUUUCUCUUUUUUAAUAUUAAUAAUGGUAAUCCUUCUUACAUAUUAUUUCUUCUUUUAGCUUUUUAGAUUUUGUCUCUUACGUUUUUAUCUUCCGUAGAUUGUAAGUUUCUUAUCAAUAUUUUUUUUUCACUUCUAUCUCAUUGCUCCUCAUUGCAAGGUAAAUUUGUACAUUUUUUUUUAUAAAAUUGUAUGUAUGUGUUGUGUACAUAUGUAUAUACUAUACAUAUACAUAUAUGUAUGUAUGGAUAUACCAUAUAAUGUAUAUAUAUGCUUAUAUAUACUUUGAUGUAUAUGCACACAUGUCAGUAUGUAUACAUACAUACAUACACAGUAUAUUAUAUCAAUGCACUUAUCGUGUGUGUAUCAUAUACGUGCUAUGUAUGUAUACAUGUCAGCAUAUAUGUGUGUAUUGAUAUAUACAGUAUGUAUAUUCCACACAUAUAUAUAUAUAUAUAUCUUGAUACAUAUAUAUGGCAUGACACACGUGGAAAUGCAGCUAACAAUCUCCCUGCCACAGUUAGUUAGUGUUUCAGAGUAACUUUACAGAGCAAAGGAAUAUAUCUGUGUGUAAUUGCCGAGAUGAAAAGGCAGCGGUCCCUGGUUAACUGGCUUGAGAUUAUCUUGGUGUGUGUGUGUGUGUGUGUCGCGAAAAGCAGCCAAGAGUCUGCUGCUGUCCCUGGGCCUGCAGUGGACUCCUUAUCAAAGGCCUAUCUUUCCCCGAAGUCACCACCAAGAAUUUCGCC